AUGGAUAGUUACGAUGAAGAUGAAGAAGACGAAUUGAUUGAUCUAUCGGAUUUACCGUCAAUGGAAACGUUGAAAUCGAUGAAAAUUUUUCCGUUAAUGAAUCAAUCCCAUCUUGUAUCGAUCAAUGACUAUGUCACAACGCCUAUAUUUUUCCCAUUACCAAAACAAUUAUAUUCAAAUCAUUUAAAAAUUCUUUUACAAGAUUUGCCGACACUUGAUGAACAAUUAUUUACACUCAUUGAACAAGAUCAUCCACAGCGAUUAGAUAAUAUCAAACGUCUAUUAAGAAAUUUAGGCAUACUUGAAAAUCGAAAAAUACAUGAUAUAUAUAAUCAACAUAUUUUGCCUGUUUUAUCAAAUGAGAAAGAGUUGUGGCGUCAAAAAUCGGAUGUAACUCUUAUAUCGUACUUACUUUGUAUAUUUGAAUAUGUGUAUGAUCCUCUGGAUAAUCCCGAUAAAUUGGAUAUGAAACAAUUUCAAUCGAUUGCACAAGUGAAAACAACAACGAAUAAUGAAAAUAAAUUUGAGAAUCCAUUAAAAAAUAUAAUUCAUU